AUGGGAAUUAUAAAUGCAGUGCAGUUCGGUCAAGAUACAUUCAGUAAAAAAUUAGCUGAAUUUUUCCAAUAUAACCAUCACCACAUAGCUGUCUAUAUGAUGUUGAACGACGCGUCACAAUGUAUAACACUGAAGGUGCUUGUGGAGAAAGAUAAAAAUCGGGUUGUUUUUGUUGAGUCCAAUAAGGAUUUUGUUGAUGUUCUCUUCAGCUUCAUGACCAUGCCUAUUGGAAACAUUAUCAGACUUGCCCGUGAACACUCAAUAGAAGAGAAUUUUGGUUGUUUGAACAACUUAAAUGAAAGUGUUGAGAAUCUUGACAAGGAACAUCUACGAAGUGUGAAGUGCAAGGACAUGCUGCUUCGUCCUCGAAGUGCAGCUGAAAUUUACUGCAGGAACCUAAAGCUGAAUUUUGUUGACACUAACGAUUUCUAUGCCUGCUGUGUUAAGUAUAACAGUUAUAAUCCUAACUGUAUAUGUUUUGGUCCUUACUUGAAUGCUCGUUAUCGUUGUGGAUUAACCAUUCGCACCCUGCAUAAACUGGAUAACCAUCCCUCUAUACAUCAAGGAGGGGUGUUUGUGAAACCUACCGCAAGGUUUAUAAUAACUGAUGACUUUCAGGUAAAGCCCAUUUCCACUACGACAUGUGUAGCCCUGCUCAAUGAAUUUAAAGCUACAGAUAGAAGCACAAGAGAAGAAAGGACUAUAAACAUAGGAAUGGAAAAGGUAAUAAACAAGUAUAGUUUUACUUUCCUUAUUUUUCCAUGUACAAAAUGA